AUGACCUCUAAUAUCCCGAUGGAUCAGCAAAAGGUUUCAGUGCUUUUUGUUUGCCUUGGCAACAUAUGUAGAUCUACUAUGGCUGAGGGAGUCUUUCGAUCUAUCGUGAAGGAUCGGUCAUCUCCUUACUACAAUCUCGUAGAUAGAGUGGAUUCUUGCGGGACAGGUGGAUACCAUACUGGCGACGAACCCGAUUCUAGAACGAUGUCAACCCUCGAAAGCCACGGCAUUACGAAUUACACGCAUGCGGCGCGUAAGCUCCGCGAUAGUGACUUUCGAGAAUUUGACUAUAUAUUCGCAAUGGAUAAAGCGAACCUAGAAGAUCUCAAUCGAUGGAGGGGUAGAAGCAAAAAUCCGUCUAGCUCCAAGGCACAGGUCAUGCUUUUCGGCGAGUUCUCCGGCACGGGCCGUAAGGAAGUAGUGCAAGAUCCUUACUACGUCGGUCAGGAUGCUUUUGAAAAAGCAUAUGAACAGUGCAAGAGAUUCUCAACAAACUUUCUAGAGCAGACAUUUUCCGAUGCCGGUAAGACGACGAUGGCAUGA